ACAAGAGUGGUUCUGCGCCUGGUCUGCGCAUACAUAUUUUGCUGUUCUGAGCCUGUGUGGAACUGCCUACGCAAGAGUUACGGAAGUGGUUCAGAAUGGUGUUGUUUGGAUUGUUCAAAAAGGCUAAACUUGUUAAACUGAGAGGCCUCCGUGAAAAUAAGAAGUACGGAAUUGCGGCGAAGAGCCUGAAAGAACUGAUUAAGAAGGGAUGUGACAUGUUGCAGGUCCCGUUUCCAGGUUCACGUGUUUGCUUGUACGAAGAUGGAACAGAAGUUACAGAAGACUAUUUUGAAAACCUUGCUUUCAAUGCUGAGCUUGUUCUUCUUACCAAAGGACAGGAUUGGAAAGGAUUUGUCUGUGAUGUUGGCCUAUUGCUGGGGCUCUCAGACAAACACACAGAUGUCCUGAUCGAGUCGGCUCAGAAUCUACUCACGGACGAACACUCAGAGAAGAAGCGCAAGAUCCUCAAGGAUCUGCUUCACAACCUUCAAGAUAACUCCGAGGUCGAAGAACGAGAGGAGGAUGACGACUGGUUCCAAGGGAUUGAGUCCAGAUUUAAGACAAAGUCUGCUUACAUGAAGUUCAACUGUGAAAACAGAGUACGGGGAUACAUGAAGGAUGUUGAGGGAUAUUCCUCAAAAAUCCAGAGUGCCAAAGUACAGAAGGAGUACAAACAGAUCGUGGACUGCAUGGUGGAGAAGUUGAAAUCUGCAAAGUAUAAUGGCUGUUACUUUGACAGGAUGGAAAAUGAACCCAACCGCCUUUGCACAAAGGAAGGCUGGUUUUCCUGUCAGGGUGCAUUUGACAAAGAAAAAUGCUCAUCUCUCCAUUCCAUAAACCCUUAUGGGACCAGGGAAAGCAGAAUCCUUUUCAGCACCUGGAACCUUGACCACAGGAUUGAGAAGAAGCGAACCGUCAUACCUGCUCUUGCCAAAGCACUACGAGGCCACAAGAGCGGCGACAUCAACUGGGAGUACUUCUACAGGCUACUGUUCACACUGGCUAAUUUGAAACUGGUGCAUAUUGUUUGCCACAAGAAGUGCGCUCAUGACUUGCUUUGUGACAGUCGGAAAAUUUACAAGAAACGGAAAAUGAUAAAUUAAUGAUUGUUUUUCAGUGUUAUUGAAGCAAGAAAUUCUGUGGCGUAAGCCUUCAGUAUCUUUUUUUUACUGCAGUAUUUCCAAUUGAAAGAAAUGACUUUUUAUCUAUAUAUAUAUUUUUUAAACAUUUAACUGUACUAAGAGAAUAAUGGAUAAUUUGAUAGUUUUGUAAUUAUGCAAUGGUGGAAGGAACAUUACAUUGCUGUGAUAAUUAUGCUGUCGAUGCUUUGCGUCGUUUCAUCACCUGACGUCAAGACCAGUAAACCAAAUGGCUUGCUGCCUUCUUUCCUUC